AUGGUCAGCAUUGAGACUCUCACAUGCAUUGUAAAGGCAUGCUAUCAAGCACAUCAAGCCCAGAAACUCCUGGACUUCUGUGAGAUGAAGGGUAGACAGCCAGACAAGUAUGUGAUACAAGAUGGACAAAAUGGUGGGGGGACAGAGAAUCUUGUCAUUUUCGACAAGGACCGACUCAGUACGUUCCUUGGUUCAAAAUUGAUGUUAUUUACACAGCUGUACGACCAGAGACCGUGGAGUCGUCCAAAGCUUCUCGUUCCUCGAUGUGAGGAGAAUUUGAGCCCUCUGCCAGCCGUGUACAUAUGUGAAUCCUGUCCUGAAAAGUUCUCAAGUGAAUCAGACCUCUGGAAGCACUGGCAUCUGAAGCAUGCUGCCAAGGACUCAAAGUCAACUCAUGAGUCUCUGCAGGCAGUCAGACUUGAGGAAGUCGAAGAUGAUGACCUAAUUGAUGUAGAUGCAUACAUGAAGAAAUUGGACAUGGUAAAGGUGACAGGAAUAGAGAAUAAGUAUCGAUACUGUCAGGAAAAAGAGGGUUCCAAGGACUGCACUGGGAGGGUUCCACUUGGAUGGAAUACUCAUUUGAGUGUGACUGACCAAUUCAAAAUAAAGUUUGAUGGUUUGGAAUUGCAAAGGGAACCCAAAAACCAGUAUGUUGACAAAGGCGAAUCCAGGCCUUAUCAACUCCUCCAAAACAAGAUGUGGCCAGUUCAGCGGUGUCUCAGGAUGCGAUCAAACCGAAGAUCAGACUACUGUCAUAUUUAUUGUUUCACUCGGGAGGAGAAGAAGGAACGACGUAGAACAAUCGAGACUGGGUUGAACAAGGAGUCAAGACAUUUGAAGAAUCUGAUGAAGCCCUGCAGUGUGCGUUUGCAUAGGCUGAACAUCAAGCCUUCCACCAUGCCAUUCAUUGUUGGGAACUGUCUUGAAGAGAACAAGAAGUUAGUGAUCAGUCUACCAAAGAUGACUGCCACAAACAUUGUCCAUGUGGUCAACCACAAGAGAGUGUACCCAUGGGGUAUGCACUUGUGCAUGCCUCCUGUGCCCCAGUCUCCACGCAAGGAGCAGGUGUGCCUGACCAGACGCACGGAUGAAGUUGUUGCCUCCUUGUGUGGGUUACCAUCUAGUCACUUCAAUGGAUCCCAGCAGGAUGCUUUGCAUGUCUCUAAGGUGAAGUGCAAUGGCCUUGUCAAUGGUAGGCCUAUGACCAAUGGUUCUACAACCCAAAAUUGCAAGAAGAGGAAGGACUUGCCGAAGAAACCCAUGCCAGCUUCUAUGAAGGUGAAAAGCGUGAAUCUGCUCCUGCCGGCAGGUGCAAAGAAGAAGAAGCUGUUGGAAAUGGGUGUUCCUGAGUCCAGUUCUUACUUUGCCUUUCAGCCAAGUGAGGCUUGGCUGAAGAGGCAAAAGAAAUUGGAAGCACUGCGCUUUCGACGUGAUGCCCAAAAGGCUGAAGCUGAAAAACCACCCUCAGGAGAAGUGAUGAAGCUCCUUAGGGAUGAGUGCAAGGAGCUUGGAGGUAAGCAGGGUAUCACCACCCUCCACAAGCUCAAUUUGGGAGCAUCACAUGUAACCCGAAGUGUCUUGAAGACCAAGCAUCCAAAUGGAGUAAUUCGAAGGGAGGUCAGGUCCUUGAACCGCGAUGAGAACAAGGAGUUGACACAACGGGGGCUAAUGGAACUGAUGCAGUACAACGCAUCUCACACGGGACGGAUUACCCGCAAUGUGACAAGAAAGCCGAAUAGGCACUAGUGUGCCGGACACACACACUGCUGUGAUGAUUGUAGAGAGAAUUUUCUAAAUUUUUUUUACUGGAGUUGAAGUUGAGUGAAGAGAUGGAAUGUCAAGGUCUGAUCCCAUGCUAAAUCUUCCCUAAUGGGUUUAGAUUUUUGGUCUCAGUAUGUAUUUUCUCAAAGUUCUUCUUCUGUUGACUUUGCAUAUGCAUGAUCUGUAUGUAUUAUGCUCUUUAUUGAUGUCCACAUGAACAGGACUGCCAGUUCGAUUAAAUUAAUUGAUUAUUUGUAUAAAGUUUUAAUUUAAAUAAAAAGUAGGUCAUAAUUAAAUAUAAAUAACUCAGGAGACCCUCCCCUGCAAAAAGAAUUGAUGUGAAGAUCGGGUGGGAUUGAAUGAAAUGACCCUGUCUUUAAUGCUAUCAUCCCUUAUCCCCAUACUCUCCAUAUCAUUCCUCCCCAUUAGGAAUGACAACAUCAUUGUCAUCUGGUUUAUGGCAGUGUGCCAUAUGAUAAUUUCCCUGCAUUACUUUGAGCUUUUCGUCAUGGGUGAAUUGAAUUUUAUUGAUCAUUCAGUCCAUGAUUUAAAUGGAUUGAAAUUCCUGUUCUAUUAACAACCCUAAGUCAGUUGAGUGGGAAGAAGGUAAGCCAUGGUAUUGCUUCCAAUUGAAUUAGAGGAGUUCCAGAGCUUUUAUGUGAAUUGAAAUUACUUUUUCUUGGGAGUUGUAUUUCAAAAGUCAUUUUUUAAUUCUAUGGAAUCAAGCCUUGACACCACCAUGAAAGGGAAUAAUGGCAACCUGUAUCAAGAUUUGCUGGAGGCUGGAAGCAACCCCUCCAUUUCCAAUGCAAUUCCCCCACUUUGCCAUGCCCUAGUUAGGUCACGGUAGAUUGUUUUUUGUUCUACGAAAGUGACUGACCUGAAACGCUUUCAUAAUCAGUUUCUUUUCUUUAAAAUCGAAAUCAUUAUCAUGUCUUCCUUGAGAAAUAGAGCUGGAAGGGAAAGAUUUGCUUCCCGGCAAGGUGCAAUAAGUGGGAUUUAAUGUUUUCGUCAUGUGUACAGACUGAUUUCACCCUGGAUGGGAUGGGCCUUUGCUGGAAGCCAUCCUAGAUGUGAUGCGAUGCUUUUUUUUUUCCUACGCCUGAGACAUUUCUAUAACUUAUUUUCUUAAUUUAGUAUAAUAUUGAUGUGAGUGGAAAACCUGCAUUUGAGGCUCUACCAUAGAUUCAACAGUGAUUUUUCAACCUUGUGUGCUCCUUGUUUGUAUGUUUGUGUCCAGAAAUUUUCAAGUCUCGAU